AUGGCCGACGCCGGGUCCUCCGACGAUGCCGAAAGCGCGACGCUAACGGCGCUCUCCGAUUGCGUAACGACUGUCCUGGAGAAUGACAUCGCGUACGGCCUGUGCGUGACCAAUUCGGGGCUCUUCGACUUGCUGCCGGAUAAUUUCCAGGACCGCAACUCCUCAUCUUUCUCCUCCGCCGGAUCUUCCGACGAUGAUGACGAUUUCAGCGGGGACUCGGUGUGCCGCAUCAUGUGCUCCGAGCAAACGUCAUCGGCUUCAGCCUCCUGCUGUGCGGCUGCCGCGUCACUUCGAGCCUGCAAUACUUCGUCCCAGGCAGUGACAACUUGCAAGCAGCUGUUUGACGACGUUUUCACUUACCAGAAUGAAUGCGACGGCGGCAUCUCGUCUGCCAAUACAAUUCUCAUCACCGUCGUGGCAAUUGUAGCAGUUGCAGUUGCAGCAAUCGCGAUUUUUGCAAGAUGUUACAAACAGAUAAAGAGCAACUUCGCUGCAAAAGUUGCCGCCACGUGGGCGCAAGUGACGAACCUGGUCUGGAAAAACAUGAUACUGCGUCGACGGCGCCCCGUGAGCUUACUCAUGGAGCUCUUCCUGCCAGUCUUGCUCUCCACGGCGCUGCUGUUGCUGGCAAACCUGGACAACUUUGCCGACGGCUGGAGAUCCCAGUGGUUCACGUCCGAAGCGGCGCAACUCGACGCCAACUCGACGCUCAUUUGUAGCGACCUGGUAGUCUGGGGGCUCGAGGCAAUCGGCGGACCGUCGUCCACCAUGACGUCCUUCUACACUGGCGGCCAGUCGGUGCUGGGGCUCUUCUUCCUAGUCAGUUAUAUCAAAUUUGUGUCCACUACAACGACGACGAUGGUCAUGGAGAAGGAAAACCGCCUUCGAGAAGUCAUGAAGAUCAUGGGCUUGUCCGACGCCACUUUGCUCUUGUCUUGGUGUCUAACCACCGCCGUACUGGCCACUCCACUGGCCUUUACCAUUGCCGCCGUGCUCAAAUACGGCAACGUGUUCCCUACCGCCGAGUACGCGACGCUCGUGUUCCUCUUCUGGGCUCUCAGUGUAGCCAUCACAGCGUUCGCGUACUUUGUGGCGCCCUUCUUCAACAAAUCCCGGACGGCGGCCAUCGCGUCGGUUCUUCUGUGGCUCAUCCUCUUCUUCCCCUACUUCGCGGUGCAGUCCGCCGACACCAACGCGCCUCGAUACUGGGCCGCUCUCUCGCCUCCCACAGCAUUCGCGCUGGCUGUCGACGAGCUCCUACGUCGAGCUCAACUUGGCACGGGGUUCGCCUACUCGGUGGGUCUUCGGGAAGAGCCCAUCACAGUCCCAAGCGCGUUCCGGAUGAGUCUCUUCCUUCUCCUCGACUCGGUCAUCCUUGUGGCCUUGGGAUGGUAUCUGGAGCAGGUUUUACCGCAGCAAUUCGGCGUGCGGAAACCGUGGCACUUUUUGCUUACGAAAAGCUACUGGGUUGACAAGAUGGGCCAGUCCGAAGACGACGAGAUGGCUACAUGCUCCGAAAAUUACGCCACACCAAUCCUGUCGCCGCAAGCUGGCGGGGUGUACACGCAACUGACCGACCAGAAUGUAGCCAAACCGAGUGUGAACGCCUACGUCGAGCCGGUGAAUGCAACUCUAGCGAUGCAAGAGCGCAACGGCACGUGUCUCCAGAUCCGAGGAUUGCGCAAGGUUUUCCCUUCAGAGGAAGACGGCGAGGAGCGAGUUGCCGUUGCAGGACUCGACUUGGCCAUGUACAGUGGCCAGAUCACAGCUCUCUUGGGCCACAACGGCGCCGGCAAGACGACAAUCAUCUCGAUGCUCACGGGUCUCAUCCCGCCCAGCGCGGGAGACGCCACGUUGUACGGCUGCUCCAUCAGGCGCGACUUCCACGACCUUCGACGCGUGAUCGGCAUUUGCCCGCAACACGACGUGCUGUUCCAGGAUCUGACAGUUGAAGAGCAUUUGUUGCUGUUCGGCACGAUGAAGCAGAUACCGCGCAAGCAACUGCAACUCAAUGUGGACAAAAUGAUCGAAAGCGUAGGAUUGACCGAGAUUCGCCACGCGCUGGCCAAGACGCUCUCGGGCGGCCAGAAGCGCAAACUCAGUGUCGCGUUGGCCUUCCUCGGCGGCAGCAAACUCGUAUUCCUGGACGAGCCGACGUCGGGGAUGGACCCGUACUCUCGACGGUUCACGUGGAAUCUACUGCAGCAGAGUCGCGAGGACCGCGUCAUUGUGUUGACCACGCACUUCAUGGAUGAAGCUGACAUUCUGGGCGACCGUAUCGCCAUUCUGGCCGACGGCCAACUGCGCUGUGCUGGCUCCUCCUUGUUCCUCAAGAAUCGCUUCGGUGCCGGGUACAACUUGACUCUGAUCAAGACGGCGGACGGCUCGUGUGACCCACAGCAAGUGGAGCUUUUCCUCAAGAGAUUCGUCCCUGGAGUCAAGUGCUUGAGCAGCUCUGGCUCGGAGCUGGCGUUCCAACUUCCCGCCGCUUCUUCCGACGCGUUUCCUUCCAUGUUGGAGCAGCUGGACGCGGAGACGUCCACGCUUGGAGUGCAGCAGUAUGGCAUCUCGGUCACCACUUUGGAGGAGGUUUUCUUGCGUAUUUCCCAAGACCACGAAGAAGAAGAAGCAGAGCAGCGCAAACCCAAAGCGGUGUCGCCAGUGAACGUGCAGGCAACAGCGCCACCGAUCACGGAGCCGUCAAUGUGGACGCAGUACUGGGCGCUGACGAGGAAACGCUUCCAGAUCGCCAAGCGGGACAAGAAGACGCUGGCGUACUCGGUGGGGAUCCCGCUCGUCUUCUUGAUCAUCUUGGCUGUUCUACCGGAGAUCCAAGUGGCCGAUUUCGUCCCCAACUACGCGUCCAACCUGCCCACAGAGACGCAGCAAAGUCAGUGCGCUGCGUCCAGCAACUUGUCGAGUCUGAUAGAUCCGAACUUCAACGUGACGGCGUGUGUCAGCUCCCGGGGCUUCGACUACUGCACUCUGGGAGUCGUCGACUGCGACGUCAGCGCGUGCUGCAACGCCGCCAACGUCGCGUCUCCGUGGUAUCCGUGCAACACGUGCGGCUCGACUGCGUGUUUCAACAACAAUUGUCUGGAGAAGACCAACGCCAAGCUGCAGGUGACGCUCAACGGCUUCUUAGUGGCGCUAGUCGUCAUGCUCGCCUUUGCCUUCAUCCCAGCAGCGAUCGUCGCGUUCGUCGUACGAGAGAAAGACCCGAUCCAGAACGCCAAGAGUCUGCAGCUCAUCAGCGGCGCCAACAUCUCGGCCUACUGGAUGGCCAGCUGGACGCACGACCUGCUCGUCACGAUCGUCCCCAUCGUCGCGUCUGCGAUCGUCAUCCCGCUGUCCAUGACGCCAAGUGGCGCCGACAAGGCCAGCGCCAGCGACGUGUUUGCCAUUAUCGCGCUGGUUGUUGCUCACGUGUGGGCGAUCGUCCCUCUGGCCUACCUCUUCUCGAGACGCUACGUCAAACACGCCGUGGCGCAGACGGCCUUGCUCGUGUUCGCUUUGGGCACCGGCGGCCUGCUGAGCAUCUUCUCGUUCCUCUGUCGCAUCGUCAACUUCUCGCUCGCUGGCUCGUUGACGCUCUCGUCUCUGGAUCGCAACUACCUGCGCUGGGUCUUCAUGAUCUUCCCGGGCUACACACUGAACAGCGGCAUCUUCGAGCUGGCCACGCGCAAAGUGAGUCGUCGAGCGCUCUUCGGUUCCGGCCGCUGGACGUCCACGUCUCCGUCUUUCUUCGGGCUCUUCGAAGGCCUGGGCAAGGACGAGUGUGUCGAGUGCUGGGACCGCAUCGGCCCGUCGUGUUGCGUCCGACAGCCGUUCGACUUGGAGAUCGUCGGGGCGCCGCUACUGUACACGCUGGCGGAGGCGUUGCUGCUGUCUGUGCUGGUGUUUGUACUCGAGAAUCGCUCGGUUAAGUGGAAGCAGACAGCGACGAAGUCUGCGCAUAGCUCCGUGGCCAUGGAGACGGAGGAGGAAGAGGAAGAAGAGGACGACGACGUGCAGUGGGAACGUCAUCGAGUGGAGCAACACGAGCCGGCGCCGAACGACCUCGUGUUUAUCCGCAACUUACGACAGCAAUACGCGGGCAAACCACGGGCCAAAGUUGCGCUAAAGGACUUGUGUCUGUCGAUCCCGAGUGGCGAGUGCUUCGGCUACUUGGGCAUCAACGGAGCUGGCAAGUCGACGACGAUGGCUGUGCUCACAGGCCAAUUGGCGCCUACGCACGGCUACGUGACGCUGAGCGGCUUCGACUUGGCCACCAGCUCGGCUGCGGCGCGGAAACGCAUGGGCUACUGUCCGCAGUUCGACGCUCUCCACGACCUGCUGACGGUCAAGGAGCAGCUCGAGUUGUACGCUCGGAUCAAAGGCAUCCCCGACGCUUUCGUGGACGUGGCAGUGGACGAGCAGAUCCAGGCGCUCGGACUCGCCAAGUAUCGACACAAACUGACGCAAGGACUCAGCGGUGGCAACAAGCGGAAGGUGUCGACGGCCAUUGCGCUGCUCGGACGCCCUCGUGUCGUGUUCCUGGACGAGCCGUCGACUGGUGUGGACCCGAGUUCGAGACGUAAGAUGUGGGACGUCAUUGCGCGUGUGAGCUCGUCCGACGCGUGUGUGGUGCUCACGACGCACAGUAUGGAAGAGUGCGAGGCCUUGUGCUCUCGCGUGGGGAUUCUCGUGAGUGGGCGACUCAAAUGUCUCGGCAGUGUGGAGCACCUCAAGCAGAAGUUCGGUCGAGGGUUCACAGUGGAGAUCACGCUACGAGCCUCCGACACGGACACGGACGAGCUCAAACGUGUGCUGGAACAAGCUCGAGCGUUCCUGUCAGCGGAGCGAAGUCUUUCACUGCGACGUGGUCGAACCAGUCGACAGAGUUCGAGUAGCCUCCAAGUCGCCACUGCGGAGAAGAUCACGAAGGCUAACGUUCAAGAGCUGUGCACUGCGCUGGGGGCUUCUGAACGGGGUUCUCGCAUCCUCACCCACUCGGGCACUGGCUGGUUACUCGGCAGUCAACUGGAGGCUCAGGGGGCGAUCUCCGUCGACACUUUGAGCUCGUGGUGGGUCUCUGAGACCCACGGCGAGAGACUGCAGAGCUUCUUCCAGACCAACUUCCCGGGCAGUAUCCUCGCAGAGCAACAAGGCGAACACUUUCGGUUCCAAGUGCCCAAGCAUCGUCCUGACAGCGAUGCGGUGCUGCGUCCGGCUGGAAUCUUCCGUGCGCUGGAGCAAACUCGCGCCCAUCUCAACGUGGACGAGUACAGCGUGAGCGAAACUGCGUUAGAGCAUAUUUUCAACAACAUGGCAGCUCAGCAGGACGAGGAGAAGGGGGUAGCACACGCAUUUAAUAGUACUGGGAGGACAACCAACAAUUUUAUUACGUUGGCGGUGUGGGCAAUUGCGUCCACAGACUGA